AUGCCUGAGUGGGAAGAUUCGCGACCGGAGCCACCGGAGUUGCCGGACAUGUUGUCGGCCAGAUCUCCUAUCAUCAUCAUCAUCAUCCACUGGGAGUCGACACGCCAGAUAUCGGGCCCGCGCUCUGCCAAACCGUCCAAGUCCAACUCGGAGAAGACCGUGACUGUGGGUCAUUCACGCAAACGAGGUCGCCCGAGACUUGAGACGGCGAAGGAUGCGGCUGCUAUCGAGGAGCGGCGACUUCAAAUCCGUCGGGCACAACGAACCUACAGACAGAAGAAAGAGGCAACCAUCCAGGGCCUCAAAACCCGCGUAGAAGUGCUUGAACAGACUCUGCAGAAUGUAUCUGAUCUGAUAGGCGCGGAGCCCGAGGUCGAGACCUCGAACAGUCUGACCAGUGGGCAUUUGUCGACGAUCGCCCGUACAAGACAGUUGGUCCUUGCGGAGAUUGGCAGAGUACAACAUCCGGAGGAAAGUGCAAAUGGCGACGACCAUGACCGUGACCGUGACCGUGAUGGACAUGGACAAAAUACCAACACUCCACGCGAGACUUUCGGAUAUCAUGUCUCCCCUCAUUCCAAUACAGAAGAUCACUCGAUCACAAUCUAUCCCCAAGAACAAGCUUACCCCCAUCCCCGAUCCCCAUCCCCUCUUAUCAAUCGCCUCUUCCCAACAACCACCAUCUACACUUAUAGUCACCAGGAAUCAAAUCUUUCCCGUCGUCUCCAGCGCUUCUGUCUAGAGCAUACAUACCGAUGGCUCUCAGAUGCACGCUCAGAGCCCGACCUGAUGGCCCGAGUCUUCGGCCUCAUCCCAUGCAUCCAGGAUAUGCCAGGCAUCCGCCGCAACUACCGGCGCAUACUACGAGCCGAGAUCGGCGACCCACUAGAAGUGGUGGACAAGUUACCCUUCUACAAGCUCGGCGGCGCAGGUACUCACUACCCACGCAUCGGACCAGAUGGACAGCCCAUUUACCCUGACAAAUUGCGCCGGCCAGGGAAGAUCCUGCGGCGGAUGACUAGGAUCUUGCAGCGGGGUGGGAUCCAGGAUUGGGAUGAAGAUUGGAGUGGGAAUUUCGAGCCUCCAAAUCAUGGCGCCGAUGGCAUUUUGGCCAUGAGUGAUGCCGAUUAUCUGCGCGUGCUCGAUCUCGAUGGCGAGUGGUUCGAUUGUCAUGAUGUUCAGGGGUACCUGGAAGAUCGGGGGGUGACACUCGGCGCUUCGUCGACGAUGUGGAUGGAGGUUCCGGCGUCGACGGUUGGGUUGCUUUAUGGUCUAUCGCCGGAUCUUUCGGCAUCACAGCAUUACGUUUCGCCGGUCGAGAUGGGUGCGACGCAGUAUCUAGGCUCGUCUCACUAUGUGCUGGAUGUGGAGUCUUUCUUUGAAUUGCUUCUCGCCAAUCUUCGCAUCCUGGGCCGAGCGCCGGGGUUUCGACAAGGGGAUGUGGAUGCGGCUCUGCGGACAGCCAUUCAUCGGCGAUCGUCGACUUGA